AUGGCUUCUGUAGCAUUGUCGACGCCUGUAAAGUCCCAUAAGGGACUUUUCUCAGCGCGCACCGCUGGUGGGCGCAUGCCUUUGACUCCCUCUCCCCGCCAACAGUCAUCCACCACGAACGUCCCCGUCAACCUGAACUCUUCCCCAUUUACCCCCGAAAGACAGUCUAGCAACGAGUUCAGACCAUCCGGGCGCUCUACAUAUGGCGGUAACCUCAUGUCUCACCUUGCUCGAUCCACCACAAAGUCCUCUCACCGUGACUCCCCCAAGUCCAACAUCGCCCGUGGAGUUCAGACUCCCCGGAAGGCUCUUGAGCUUGGCGUCUCUGAUUUUACUCUCACUGGCACUGGCAACACCACCAAGACCCCUUCAAGCACAAAGUCCAAGAAGAGCCUCCGCUCCAAAACUGCUAAGACUACUCUGAACUAUGGUGGCGACCGAUUUAUCCCCAACCGUGGCGCAAGUUCUGCAAUUUCCAACGCUGGUUCUGGCAAGCUCGACCUCGCCGAUAGGCAACGCCCAAAGAGCAGCAGCUCCGAGAGCUCUACUGUCCUAUCUACUGCUGCUGACGAAGCCCUGGCUGCUCUCGAGAGCCUCAACAUCAACGAUGAUGAGCCUGACAACUAUUCUCGACCCUCCCCCAACACCGUGGCUUACCAAGAUUCUCUUGCCAACGCCUGUGGUGUCAGCCUAAACACUCGCAUCCUCGAGUUCAAGCCUGCUGCCCCGGAGUCUUCCAAGCCAAUUGACCUGCGACAACAGUAUAACCGCCCUCUCAAGUCUACUACUUCCAGCUCGGCCCAGCUCCGCCGCCGCAUUGCUACUGCCCCUGAGCGUGUCCUUGAUGCUCCUGGCCUGGUGGACGACUACUACCUCAACCUUCUCGAUUGGAGCUCUGGUAACCAGGUUGCUAUCGGUCUCGAGCGCAAUGUCUACGUCUGGUCUGCCGAUGAAGGUAGCGUUAGCUGUCUCCUUGAGACCACCCCUGACACAUAUGUCAGCAGCGUCAAGUGGUCUGGUGAUGGAGCCUAUGUCAGUGUUGGCAUGGGAACUGGCGAGGUCCAGAUCUGGGACGUUGCAGAGGGCCAGAAGAUUCGAAGCAUGUUCGGCCAUGAUACACGUGUUGGUGUCAUGGGAUGGAACAAGCACCUUCUCUCUACUGGUGCUCGUAGCGGCCUUGUCUACAACCACGACGUUCGCAUUGCCGAGCACAAAGUUGCUGAGCUCGUCUCCCAUACAUCCGAGGUCUGCGGCCUUGAGUGGCGCUCUGAUGGCGCACAGCUCGCUACUGGCGGCAACGACAACCUUGUCUCCAUUUGGGAUGCCCGAUCUCUAUCCGUUCCUAAGUUCACCAAGACCAACCACAAGGCUGCUGUCAAGGCCCUCUCUUGGUGCCCUUGGAACAUGAACCUCCUCGCUACUGGUGGCGGCUCUUACGACCGUCACAUUCACUUCUGGAAUUCCACCUCGGGUGCUCGCGUCAACAGCAUCGACACCGGCUCUCAAGUCACUUCUCUUCGCUGGAGUCCCCACCAUCGCGAGAUCGUCAGCUCAAGUGGUUUCCCUGACAACUCUCUCAGCAUCUGGAGCUACCCCACCCUUGUCCGUACGGUUGAGAUCCCCGCCCACGAGAGCCGAGUCCUCCACAGCUGCCUGAGCCCUGACGGCCAGAUGCUUGCGACAGCUGCUGCUGACGAGAGUCUCAAGUUUUGGAAGAUCUUUGAGAAGAAGGCUGGUGCCACCGCCGGCAUUGGUGCCUCUGGCGCGUCGAGCAAGGCCUCCAUGGCCAAGCAGAUGACCAUCCGAUAA